AUGGGUGGAAGGCAUACAAGAAAUACGCGUGGGGGAAAAGAUGAACUUAAGCCGAUAUCUCGAGGGAGCCAUGAGUGGCUUGAACUGGGUCUAACACUGGUUGAUUCUCUGGACACCAUGUGGCUAAUGGGCCUGUCUCACGAAUUUGAUGAGGCCCGGAAAUGGGUUAAAGAAGAGAUGGUUAUUGGAGUGGAUAAGGAUGUGAAUCUGUUUGAGACAACGAAUCGAAUAAUGGGUGGCCUGUUGAGCACCUACCACUUGACUCAAGAUCAACUUUUUUUGGAUAAAGCUAAAGAACUGGGGGAUAUGUUACUGCCUUGCUUCAAGAGUCCUUCCGGAAUCCCAUUCUCAGACAUCAAUCUAAAGACUGGUCAUUCCCAUGCACCAGCGUGGGGUCCGGACAGCUCUGUGUCUGAAGUCAGUACCAUCCAGCUGGAGUUCAGGGACCUUUCGAAGCUCACUAGUGAUCUAAAGUAUCAGGAUCAUCUGGUCUGCUACCUCCCAGGCACUCUAGCUCUUGCUGCUCACAAUGGUCUCUCAAAAAAGAGUUUCAUGCGCAUUGCCAAAGACCUAAUGUACACAUGCUACCGUAUGUACAAGGAUAUGCCCACUGGACUGAGUCCUGAGAUUGUGCACUUUAAUAUGGACCCUGGAGCUACUAAAGACAUCUAUGUGGAGCCUUUGAAUUGCCACAAUAUCCUAAGACCGGAAACAGUUGAAUCCCUCUUCUACCUGUACCGGUUCACAAAUGAAACAAAGUACCGGAGUUGGGGCUGGAAGAUUCUGCAAGCAUUCAAUAACUACGCAAGGCUGAAGGAUGGUUAUUCCUCAAUAAAUAAUGUGACAAACACCACUCACCUCGACCAUCGGGACAAAAUGGAGGGCUUUUUUCUUGGACAAACGUUGAAAUAUCUUUUUCUUCUCUUCGCAGAUGAUCACAGCAUCAUCUCUCUAGACCACUGGGUACUCAACACUGCUGCGCACCCUCUACCUAUAUGGGAUAGCUACUAAAGUUUGCUGCAUAGUCGUCGGCACACUUCAUAUACUUUUAUCUGCAGCCUAAAAAGUAGUGUUUAAGCAAGCAGUUUUGUUGUUU